AACCGGAAAUUACCUAUGUUGUCAUACGUCGAGAGGCUGGAAUCAGGAAGUGGACUUGUAAUGUACUAUUUAGAUUGAGCUCGUCUCUGUUCGACUAUUUAAUUUACAAGUUUAAAAUGGGGCUUUUUGGAAAAACACAAGAGAAACCACCGAAGGACCUUAUCAAUGAAUGGUCUCUCAAAAUCAGGAAAGAAAUGAGAGUUAUUGACAGACAGAUCCGAGAUAUUCAAAGAGAGGAGGAGAAGGUGAAGAGAUCCAUCAAAGAUGCUGCGAAGAAGGGUCAGAAAGACGUCUGCAUCAUCCUCGCCAAAGAGAUGAUUCACUCAAAGAAAGCUAUCAACAAGCUGUACGCCUCUAAAGCCCAGAUGAACUCUGUGCUACUCAGUAUGAAGAAUCAGUUGUCUGUAUUAAGAGUGGCAGGUGCCUUGCAGAAGAGCACAGAGGUCAUGAAGGCCAUGCAUAGCCUGGUUAAAAUCCCAGAGAUUCAAGCCACCAUGAGAGAACUCUCAAAAGAGAUGAUGAAGGCUGGCAUCAUAGAGGAGAUGCUGGAAGAUACACUGGAAGGGAUGGAUGAUGAGGAGGAGAUGGAGGAAGCAGCAGAGGCUGAGGUUGACAAGAUCCUCUUUGAGAUUACAGCUGGUGCACUUGGAAAAGCUCCUAGCAAAGUCACAGAUGCCCUGCCUGAACCAGUGCCGGUUGGGGCCACGGCAGCCUCAGAAGAUGAAGAAGAAGAAGAAGAAGAUAUAGAGGCGAUGCAGUCCAGGCUAGCAGCACUGAGGAGCUAAAGGACCUGUGUUCCUUACCUUCAAGCUCUAUAGGCAUAGAUAGCAUAUCUUACUUCCUCUGUAGCUUUUCUACCCAAAAAGACACUUUGGCAUGUUAAAUAUAGGACUAAAUUCGGACUUCACAUAAAAUGAACAAAGCUAUAUUGAAGUGGAUAUAGAAUAGAAACAAAAAUUCUAUAUUUCUAUCAAUUUCUAACUCUUUAUUAUGUGUAAUAAUAAUAAUAUUAAUAAUAAUAAUGAACAGUGAAGUCAGAUAUUCAGUUGUUGUACUCAUAUGGUAGCAGGUGGAUGGCCGUUUCAAAUCAUUCAUUUUUUUUACUAUAUUUUGGCUCCACUCAUUUGAAUCUAUGCCUAUAGCUAAGCAGCUUGUCCAAGGAUCUGUUGUGCAGUGUCGUCAUAUCAGUGUCGGUCUUAGUCGUUUUGUCUCUGUUGUCGAAUUCGCAGUUUUAUCUCAAGCCUUACUUUGGCUAAGUGAGUAGUUCUUUACUAUAUCUGGCAAAUUUGUUUUACUGAGUAGGACAAAUUCAUGGAAGCCAUUACUUGUAAAUCUUGUACAAAUACUGAAUAUAAAAAUAAAUCCGUUUGCAUUAUUUUGUAAGUAAAGUUGUCGGCAAGUUAUAAGACAGGCUUUCAGAAUAAAGGAAUGGAUGUGUUCGAUAACUGACUGGCUUUUACACGCCUGGUGUUUUGGAACUUGAAUGAGCUGAUCCCAUUUCUGUCUUUGUUUCUGUUUAGUUUGUUACUUUUGGAUGUUUAAUAUGGUUUAAAUCCACUUCUGUCUUUGUACAUUUUUUCUUAUGAGUAUUAUGCCUUUGCUUUUAGGUGACUGAAAUGCCUGUUUAACAUGAUGUAAAUGGCUGACAAUUUAUGUUAUGCUUGCUUCAACCAGGUCCAUAUUAUAUUUUAAGUUGAAUGGUCAGCUGAGUUAGUUUGCUAUUAUUCUAACAUGUCUACAUAUGAAACAGAUGCUGUUUGUGCAUUAUAAUUAGUUUUUUAGUAUGGCGCGACCAUUAAUAUCUGCUUAUUUGACAUAAACUGUUGCUAAGUAUGGAUUUUAUACAGAUCCAAUCUCAAUAUGUUGGCUCAUGAACCAAAUGGAUUAUUUUAGCUUCAUUUCAUACCUUUGCUGUUGUGGAAAAACAUUCACAUCUGCAUAAAAAGUUGUUUUGUAAAUGGGGAAAAAUAACACUAAUAAAAUUUUAUAGACAAAAA